UUACGCAUUCGAGCGCGGUAAACUCUUGGAGCCCUUCCUUUACACAGGGUCCUUACCACGCUGGGGCUCACAAUCCACAUCUCAUUAGUCAUGCCGUCCACAACAUCCACAUCCACAUCUUGUGGAAACUGUUGCUCCUUUAAAUGACCUUCGUCCUACCUCUUUCCAUCUUUCCAACUACUCACAUCACACCAUGAAUCACGAUUUCCCUGCACUCGAUUGUCCAGCAGUCGUUAAUGAUUUGGCUCAUCGUCUGGGCUCUUUAACCCAUUUUCUGGACGCUAUCGAUGAUGUUAUGAAAUUCGGUCGCUUGGAAGACCACGAAUUACAGCUCUACAGUCGAAAGAUCAUUGCUCUGACAGAGAACGCGCGGAUAACUCUCAGACGCGAGGGUGUGGCCUUGUACAUUUUCGUUCUGUGUUCAGAAGAACUCUUGCCCUACAAGUCGGCAUACUUCAAAUUGCUUCUUUGGAUUAGGCGCCGCAGACCUGCGUUUCCUGCCGACAUGGGGGAUCGAAUCACUUCGCUCUUGUUCGUUUUGGAGAGUAACUUUGUCAUACGGUGUGGGGGAGUCGACACUCGUGCCCAACUGGGCAUCGAGGAGUUACUAGUGCCGAAGAACCCACUGGCCGCUCGUGAAAGGACCAUCCAGACUGCAGUGAAUGCUGCCGCUGGGACUCCGACACGGGAAUCAUACGCGGCGUCCGAUGUUAUGUUAGCACCGGAUGCUUUGGCGAAAAGACAGCAGAGAAUCCACCAGCUUAAAAAAUAUGUCAAGUCAGAAGCUGCGAACACCCGUCCAAAAGUGUCUCGUCAAUACCUGCCGAGCGACAACUUCUGGGCGCCUCCUGUCCUUCGAAGGCCAUUCGUUCGAACAAAAGCUCACAGCUUUGAGGCUGAUCCCGAGAGGAAGAAAUCAUCUCUUGAAGAUCUUCUCAAAAUCCGAGAUUUUGACCUGGAUUGAUUACUACCACAUUUUAUUUUAUCACGAUCAAACCAUCAUCUUCAUUUCGCUACAUGACUGUUCCCCAAUUUCCAAUUUCCAAAGUUUGAAUAUUGUAAUUGUAUAUCCAGUACCUAUCUCAUUAUGGACAGAC